UUAAGAUUGACUCAAAAGGUAGAGUAGAGCUUAAAUGCAUUUUGAAACUUGCUAAUUAUCACUUGCCAUCCUACUUUUGAUUUUGGUGCUCAAAAGGACAAACCAAUAAGGUUGGUGGUUAAGCUCGACUAUAACAAACAAUACUUUCAAGUAGAGGGUUGGCCAUCUGCUUUGCACUUGAAUAGACAUGCAAGAAGUUUGAGCAGGUUUUGGGAUUGGUGUAGGAUGGAGGAGCCCAGAAGGCUGGUCUUCUGUGCAACUCCACUGAUCUGCUUGCUUCUUCUCCCUUUGCUCUACACUGUAUUUUUCAGAUCAAAUGCUGUUCCAUUUGAUCAAUGGAAGCAACAGUUAUCACCUUGGAGUGGCUAUGGCAACACCAGAGAGGUUGGUGAAGCCGUGGAAGAUCAACAAGAGCUGAAUUCUGUCUUGAGAAGACUCGUAAGAGGUGAUGAUCGAAUCCAACUUGACGCCACCGGACUUGCUUGCCAUUCUGACCUUCACACCGAUGUCUGUGUUUCCAAUAGACCAGUACGGAUUGAUCUUCGCACGAUGACAGUUUACGCACCACACAGUUUCAGUGAAAGUAUGCCCAAAGCCAAUCGCAUAGUCCGGCCAUAUGCAAGGAAAGAAGAUAAAACCGCCAUGGAUUUAGUUUCACCGGUGCAAAUACUGCAGGGAAACAUCACACUUCCAGCUUGUCACCAUACCCAUUACGUCCCGGCCAUCAUCUUCUCAUCGGGUGGCUUCAUAGGAAACUUAUUCCAUGAAUUCAAUGAAAUCAUCAUCCCUCUGUUCAUCACAUCUCACCACUUCCGAUCUCGCUUAAGCUUUAUCAUCACCGAUUUCAGGCCUUGGUUCGUUAGAAGAUAUUCCCAGAUUCUGGCCCACCUGUCUCAUUACGAAACUAUUAAUCCAGCUGUAAAUGGAACUGUGCAUUGCUUUCCAGGAGCUGUUGUCGGGCUUCACUACCACGACAAUCUCGCCUUGAACACCACUGCCAUACCUGGAGGGUACUCUAUGUCUGAUUUCAGGCAGCAGUUUCUCAGAGAAGCAUAUAAUCUGAAGAGACAGAACUUGACAGAGACGGAAAGGCCGGUGUUGAUUCUUAUAUCGCGUUCGAAGACAAGAAUGUUUCUGAAUGAAGAUGACAUGGUGAGGAUGAUGGAAGAACUAGGCUUCAGAGUUGUUAUCACAUUGCCUCACAGAAUGUCCAAUUUCAGCAAGUUUGCAAAGGAGUUGAACUCAUGCAGUGUGCUUGUCGGUGCCCAUGGUGCUGGGCUUACAAAUGCCCUAUUCUUGCCCCCGGGGGCUGUCUUGCUGCAAGUGGUGCCGCUGGGGCUAGAUUGGGCCUCAACCCACUACUUUGGCAGACCAGCCAGCGAAAUGGGCUUGCAAUAUGUAGAGUACAAGAUUGAACCAGAAGAAAGCUCUCUCCUCGAGCUGUACGGCCGAGAACACCCUGUGAUCACUAAUCCGGCAUCAUUAUUCUUGAAAGGCUACAAAGUUGCCAGGGCUGUGUAUAUUGACAGGCAGAAUCUGAAUAUCAAUCUCACAAGGUUUAGGGAGACUCUUGUUCAAGCACUUCGACUUCUUGGACACUCAGCUACUAUGGCUUGAAGAAACCAAUUUCUGUGAUCAUCUUUCUUGUUUUUCCAGUGAAGAUCCAAUCAAGUACAAAGAGAAAUUUGUGUUAUUUGGAAGAGAAAUAAAUGAUAAAACAUAGGCAUGUAUAAAAUAUUUAUUCAUCCAUGUUAGUAUUUGUUCUGAAAGGCAGUUGGCAAUCUAUAUAGACAUUCAGAUCCAGAAACAUCCUGUUGACACAGGUUCAAGC